AUGCCGGCUGUGGGAUGCAGGAUGCGGGAGCGGGGUUCGUUUUUGCUGGAGCGGCACGUGAACGGGCAUUUCGACGGGAGCGGGGGUUCCGAGGUGGGGCAGGUGGGCGGGGGCUGCGGGUCCGGCGGUGGAGGCGCGGGCCUCCCGACCGGGAGGCGGAACCCCGAGGCCAGCCCCAGCAAGGCCGUCAAGAAGAACGGGAAGCAACGCCUUCAGCGACUCCUCAGGAAACGCCCACACCCUGGACGAUUGUGGGAUUUUUGGGAGCUGGACGCGAUGGACAGACUGAGGAAUCGUCUGUCUUGCCUCGCGUCGCAUGAAACGCUUGGCCAAGUUACUCUCUCAGGGGAUGCUUGCCUUACUUUCAAAUGUCAGGUGAGAGGCCGGCAAGUGGACUCCUCAGGGAAAACCAAGGCACUUGUCCAUUGGAUGCCUGAAAACAUAUUACCAGAUGAGUGGGUGGAUGCUUCGAUGGUAGAGGCAAGCAAAAGUGUUCCAGUGCGCAGUCUUUCGGCCGUGGCACGCGAUUCCAUCCAUGCAGCUCUUUUUGGAAGUGCCAGUUCGACCAAACGUGGACGAAAGUCCAAGCGCAAGUGAUGUGUCACAACUGACUCCUGUCAGCAUCUCUUAAAACGAUUCAUUGGGAAAAAUUGUGAUCAUCUCCUUCACUGCCAGUAGUUCAAACUCACACUGUUCUCUUUUUUGUGCUCCUCAGUUUAGGAACAUGCUCAAAAACGAUUUCCAAUUUGCAAUGCGGGGAUACAUUUGGCCUUCUUUGUUUUCCUUCUCCCCCAUCAGUAUGUUAUGCUGGCUAUUUUCCCCCAUUGAUUUUUUCUUCUUAAGAGGAUGCAAAAGUGUGCAAAGGAGCUAGGAAGGACAGAAUUGGCUGUUGCUAAUAAUCAGGUCACAGUUGGUGUUGUGAUCAAGGGUAUUUUUGUGUCUGGAGCUGGAAAUUUCCCAGCUUGGGUUGUAUAUAUGCGCAUAGGGAUGGAGAUAGCAAGUGACGAUGAUGAAGUUCUACGAAUGGAAGCAACCAGCCUUAACACUGCCAGUAUUUUUAUUUUCUUCCCUUCUUGGAGUGUAUCAGAAGACCCUCAGAGGAGGAGGCUCCAAUGCUGGAAGUACAACUUCCAAGAAAAAAAAAUAAAAUUCCCCUUCUACUUUCCUCUUCCCUGUGAUAAGUUUCAGCUGUGGAGUGGCUUCCUCUGAGUGGUUGACCGAGACAGGACUUGCGGUUGGUGCUUGUGGAUCACAAAUGGUAUUUGUCGUGGCUGAUUCGGGUGGAACCAGGAAACACAAAAAACUGAGGAUGGCUUUGAUUGUGUAUGUUUUUCCUCGCCCUUACACUCUGCGUGUCGUGUCGUUUCUCAUUCCCGAGGCUCAAGGCUUGAUCUCAUUCUUCCUUCCUUGCUUGAAAUGGAAAUUUAUUCAACCUCAAGAUUUGAGGUUUGAGGCCAAGAUUUAUUUCUUCUCUUGGGCAUUAGCACGAUGAUCUUCCUCUUUUUUCUGCUGUAAUCAUCAGGUUUACUAUUCAAAUGGCAAUAUUGAGAUUCAUGUGACAUUUAAAUAUCAUUUUCAUAGAUGAACUCUUCCAAUUUUUUAUUAUUUUGGGUUUCUGGCUUGAGUAGAAAGAAGAGUGCUCCUUGAGGAUCAGCCUUGAGGCGUUUGAAAAUCGUCAGGUGCCAUAGGACAUUCCUCCAGUGCUUUCAGCUCUGUGUUGCCCCCUCUUUUGUUUAUCCUCACUUUUCAUCAUCUUCUCAUUAUCGUUUGAAUGGCAUUAUUCUGUGGAAGGACUAACCGGCAUGAACUGCCAAAAGUGGAUCUCGACCCGUGUCAUCUUCGUCCCCAAGUCACUUUGGAUCUCGGAAGGAACUCGAAAAAACCUUUCACCUUUCUCCCCUCUCGACAAUCUGUCCAGGCUGUGUCUGUGAGUGGAUGAUUUGCCAAAGGGCAUGCAAGCUGAAACAAUCAAAUUCGAUCUCAGCCUCCUUUCUUUUCUUCAAUUUUUAAAUCUUCUCUGAUGAAGAAAGAGAACUCUGUUUGCUUCAGCUAGUCACUGGGCAUCGACCUGAGCAGGAAAAUUUCUUCUUCACGAUUGCCAGUAGAACAUAUCACGUCCCCUUCCGCGUCCUUCCCGUUUCUUCCUCCUCGACUCCCUUCGUCCUUAGCGUGUACAGCCGAGCGAUUCCCGUCGUGAAGGUUCUCGGGUUUUCCCGUCUGUUCGGGUGUGAGAGAUGUAAUUUAUCAUAUUCUUGUGCAUGAGGGGUCCAGUAUUAGGAUACAGAAAAUAGUUUCCAACCUGGCCAACAGUCUCCUCCCUGGUAUUAUAUCCCUUGUUUCUUCGUCAGUAUCGCCUCUUUGUACUAGGACCACAUGGUUGCCAUGUUUGUUUCUGUUCCUUUCAUAUGCCAUUAUAGAUGCUAUGCAGGACCUAUUUGAACUUACCAAAACCAUGUUUUAUUUUCUUCCCUGAUGGAAAUCCCCCUUCAUGUAUGAUUUUUGCAAAUGGCAGGACUGAUCCCCCUUGCUGGCUGAGGGGGCAAAUGGAACAUGUCAAAACAACUUUUUCUUGCUCAACAUCAUGAAGGAAAUUCAUGAACAUAGCCUUCAAUGCUCAAGCUUCCAAUGUGCUUCAUUUCGGUGAAGGUGCAAUAAAACCAACCUGUCAACAAGGGAAUCAGUCCUGCUCUCAGAUCUACCUCAAUUAGUUAAUUUGUGUCCGAGUUGGAAUGGAAAUGAAUUUGCGAUUUGAUUGAAUUUCACAUGCGACAAGACUGAAGUGACAUUUGAAACGAAUGCAAGCUGUGUUU